AUGGACCCGCCUUCACGCGUCUCCCGUCUGCCAACACCACACCUCCCCUUACGUCGCCGCCCACCCAUCAGCGCGCCCAUCAGCCAGGCCCAACACAACAUUGGCCCCUUCUCAGCUACAGAGAACAGCUCCCCAUAUUCCUCCAGCACAAAAGCUUCCAGUUCAAUCCACGACAGACUCGACACCACCGUCGAUCUCGUUGCUACAGCGGACCAUGGUGGGCAAAACUCAGCGACCCGUCUCCAGAGUCCCGAUAACAAGCAGGCUGAGAAACCGAUACAACGCUGGCCGCUGCCUAAGUCGCGCACCCUCAAUGUCUUCUCAAGCAUUUCUCAUUCCCUUUCGCGGUCCAGCCUGAUCCCUAGUCGUCGUACCAACUGCUCAUCCAAAGCGUCAGCAUCCUCACUUUCUGUUAACACGGCCGUCUGGGCCCCUCCCACGCCCAUCGGGCUUCCAUCUGCUCUUAGCCCCAAGGUCAAGGGCAGCCGGCGGUCUCUUGGCUCGCACAAAUCUGAGGUUCCCUUCUCGCCCGACCCUUGCAUUGUCUACGAGGCUCAAUCCUCGGCCUACUGGGCUGGCCGCUUCAUGUCCCUCCACGACAGGUUUCAGUCCGAAGUGCUCAGCCCAAAGAGCAUGCAGUCUCUCAUCUCAACGCACUCACAGCGAAUGCAAGAUGUCAGCCAGCGCAGCCAACAGGCCCGGGUCUCGAACGCCCGCUACACUCGUUUAAACACCCGACUUCCGCCAUCUGCCACAUCCGCUGCCAUUCUUCAGCAGACCAGCGGCAACAUGGCCAACGCCAUAGCAAACGCAGACGCUGCCUUGCUACUUGAUGAUGACGAGCUGUGCAAGCGGGUUUUUGUGCACCUCGAGGCGUUCUGUGCGACCGACGAGGCUCGUCAGAGCCUGCGUACCUGGCAACAAGACUAUGCACGCAAGACGGGCCGCAAAAAGCUGCAACCCCGAGACGGCAUCACAGAAGAGCUGAAUACCACAUCCCUUAUCUCGCGUCUCAUUCGUGGCAAGAAGGCGGGGAAGCGCGCAAGCAUCAUGUAG